AUGUCAGAGCGAAGGAAUACAACUGCUCAUUUACCUAAAAUGGAAAUCUUAUUUUAUUCACUGGUAUGGAUCGUGCAUUCUUUGCUCGCACUUUACAUUGCUUGGAAUAGUUCUGUCAAGUUCCGUCUUCAUUUAUUUCUUGAGCCAAGCAAGUUCAUAAAUGGGUUGCAACAAGAUGGUACUGAUUCCGAAUGGUCUUUGUACAGUAAAUCAUUGAGCCGAAUACUGAUAACAAGUAUUUCUCAUACGGGUACUUUUUCGAUCUACAUAUAUGUAAUAGACGACAGAAUUCAGCACUUCUUUUCUCACUCCAAAAUUCUUUUUCAAAAACAAGCAAAUUUCAGCACUACUUGCACCAUAACUGUGUCUAUAUUGGCUGCGCUAAUGGCUAUCUUAGCUUAUUAUUGUCGCAAAGAACUAAUUUUCUGGUUAAUAAUCAUAACAUUCAUGGUGAAGAUUAAUUUAAUUAUACACUUCAAUGACUCUAUUGACGUCCACUAUAGGGAAUUCAACUAUUAUUUAUAUAGCGCUAUCAAAAUUCUUAAUUUCUGUAUACAUUUGUCGCGUAAUAAGGAUACAAACAUCACUUCAUCACUGCUUUAUCGCUAUGCUCAAUAUUUAUUUUAUCCACCAUAUGCGAUCAUACUGAUUGUAUUGUUCAAUGACUUUGAUACGCAAAUGACAGAAAUUGAAAAAGGUUAUUCGAAAAGCACAAAUUACAGAGAUUUGCUGCAACGCCUAGUACGAAUAAUACUUUGGUUCAUAGUAUUUGAAGCAAUACUACAUGUCAUUCACGUUCAUGCAAUUUUCGCUACAAGUCCAAUUCAGUUCAAUAACUUGAGUGAAUAUGAAAUAGCGAGUAUAGCAUACAUAAAUGGCAAAUUAUUUUAUAUGAAAUACUUAUUAAUCUUUGGAAUUCCGUCUUGGUUCGCUUCCAUUGAUGGUAUGAAGCCACCAGCAGGACCAGUAUGCAUAUCUCGCAUCAGCAAAUAUUCUCAAAUGUGGCGUAGCUUUGAUAGAGGCCUCUACUUGUUUCUGAAACAUCAGGUAUAUAUACCAAUAGUGAGUGAUCCUAGCAGCAAAUUAUUCACAUUGCGUCGAUUCGUGGCUAUGAUAACGGUAUUCUUAUUUGUUUUGGCAUGGCACGGAACUUCUUCAAACUAUAUCUGCUGGGUUUUACUUAAUGCUCUUGAAAUAUGUAUCGAAUGGCUUGGAUCAGCGAUAUGUGCAACUACUUUCUACAACAAACUUCGGGAGUUCUUAGGACCCAGAGGGGAACGACGGCUUAUUGCCAUUGCCAUGCUAUCUACUGUUGUUCCAGGAAUUUUUGGUGUAUUUUUCUUCCUAAGCCGGCAAAAAAUUGGAAUGAUCAUUUUUGAACGUUUAUUUCUCAACUUAGUACUUGCACCUGAAUACGCGAUUCUCAACCUAUCUCAGAGGUCAUUUAGACUUGCUGCAAUGGCAUUACAUUUCCUUUUUCUUGGAUACUGUUACAAUCAUGUUUGUUUGGAACUAGAGAAAUACUUUACGUCUAAAUCAUUAGAAGAGAAAGCUAAGCAGAAAGAGUUGUAG